AUGGCUCUCCCUUUAAUGCCAGAUCAAAUGAAUAUGGCAAGAAACUUGAUCAUGAACACUGAUAGGAGCCAACACGAACUAGAGGAUAGAGAUGAAAAUGAAAUUGGAGUCGAUUCAAUGCAAGAGAACAAUAUUCAAGCAACACAUGAGUAUGAGAUGAAUCAAUCUGAGUCACUCACGUUCUUAUUUAAUCUAUUAUAUGAUGACGAUAGUCAUCUUAGCAAAUCUGAUGUUCUAAAAAUUUUAAAUUCUUUGAAAAGAAGAGAGGAGGACCUUUGCUUUUCUGUCUCGAGCUUGAACAGAAAUGACUUGCAGGGUGUUCUUUGGCCCAGAGGGUUGAAAGAGAAGUUCAAGCAAGAUAGGAUACGAAUAGGGAGAAAUAACUGGUUCCAAAAUAUACCUGGAUCGAUCGAAGAAGCAGCGAGGGUGAGUAUUUGUUAUUCGUGGUGA